CCUCCUUCCUUAACCAUGGCCGAGGCGGUGCAUGCGCUGGCGCGCCAGCGGUUUGAGCGGAAGAAGCUGCAAGAGGCCUGGCGGAAACGACCAGCUCGGGUACAGGUGGAGGACACGGGGCGGCAGUAUAUGAGUGCCGAGCACACGACCGGUGGUAAUUACAACAUCUGGUACAACCGUGACUUUUCUGAAGGUCGCCACCGACAAGUCGAUCGUGGUCCAGCUGAAACGCGCUGUGAUUCCGCCAAGGACGCAGGCCGGACACGCGGCUCCAACAACUCCCAAGCUUACCUUUGCUAUCGCUUUGCCCGAGGCUGCUGUCAUCUCGGUGAAAAGUGUAGCUUCUUACACGACAUUCCCUCGGAGGAAUUUGAAAAGGACAUUCCCGUCAGCCGCGACUGCUUUGGGCGUGAUCGCCACGAAACCAACCGUGAUGAUCGCGGCGGCGUCGGCUCUUUCAGUGCCACCCCCCAAGUUCAGCGCACCCUCUACAUCGGUCGCGUCGGACGAGCCGGCAACACACCGGAAAACAUCCGCAAGCAUUUUGGCGAGUGGGGCGAACUUGAUGACGUGCGCUGCUUUCCCGAUCGCGGUUUUGCCUUUGUCCGUUAUCACCUUCGCACCGCCGCCGAAUUUGCCAAGGUGGCCAUGGCACAACAGGCCGUGUCCGGCCGUGACGUUAUCAACAUUCGUUGGGCCAGUGAAGAUCCCAAUGCAUCCGCCUACAACAAACAAAUGGAAGAGGCCCGCCAGCAGCUUAUCAAUGCAAUAGAAAACAAGCUGGCUCAUGAACAAGACGCCGCUGCGCAGGGCCCUACCCUCGCGCUGCCCGAAGGGACAGAUCCGCAGGCACUUCUCGAACAGUCCCGGCAACGCGAAGCGCUUGCCAUGCAGUGGGCCGCUACCUAUGAAAAUUACGCUCAGCAUGCUGCUGACCAAGCCGUGCAGGCUCAAAUGAACACGGCCGCAGCUGAGGAGCAGAAUCAAGCAGCCGCGUCUUGGAACUCGUGGGCCACGUACUACGCCAACCAGGCUCAGCGUUGCAAACAAGGUCAUGUUCCCGACCAAGAAGAAGUGGCCACCUUCUACCAAAGCAUUGGGCAGGAAGCCCCUGCAGCCAGCACUGCAGCCAGCACCGAAGCCACUCCGGCCACCGCCUCCACUGCAACCCCAGCUACUACGGACGCAACUGCCACACCCACCGCCGCCAUCAGCACCAGCGGCUUGCCCCAACACCCAGGCUACCCACAGCAACACGCGUACCCGCCUGGCAUGGCCGCCUACUUUUACCAGCAACAACAGCAAGGGUCUUAUGCUCACCCCAAUGAGGCUACACAGGCAUCAUCGGCCGAGAGCGCCGAAAUGACAGAGGCUGAACAGCGAGAUGCCAUGGCGGCCGUGGCAGCGGCCUUGGCCAGCGCAGAUCGCGGUGCCCAGCCCAGUGCAAAACGUAGUAAAGAGGACCCUGUGUCAUAG